AUGGCUGAGGGCCAAGCGAGUUUGCUAUUGAUUGAGAGCGGGGAGGCGAAUGUAGCAGAGGGCGUGGCUAUUGUUCCUGGACAGAAUGUAGAGGUGUCCAAGAGGCGGCCUAGACAGGAGGACAGGGAGCCAGAGGGUCAUGCGGCUAAGAGACGGCGUGCAGCUGGUAUACAGGAGUUGAUACCAAUAAUCCCAGGGGAAAAGAAAGGGAUGAAGAUCGACAAGUGUGACAACAGGAAAAACGCCGUAGUGGACGACAAGGCUCUUCGGCAGCAGCAGGGGGGUGGCUUUCAGGUAGCUGCCUGCACUGGUGUCGGAAUAACUGCGUGGCAGAAGAUGGUGGGAGGCGUGGAGGGUGAAAACGGCUAUUCGACGGAAGAACACGCAAUCGGACUUGCCGCCACGUUGUAUGUAAUGUGGGCCGCAUCCACGAAUGUGGACCAGACCCAGUGGGAGACGGGCGCAACAACAGCUGCACGUGGAACUUCUACGGCCAUAGCAUCUUCUACUGCCAGAUCGUCCACUGCUGCCACCGCCUCGUCGGCUGCCUCGUCAUCUUCUGCGGCCGAUGUGUCCUCUGCCGUCCUUGAUGCCCUUGCGACGCUUGCAGCCUCGGUUGCUUGCGUUGCGGUUGAGGCGAUGAGGUCGGUCAAGGAUCAGGAGCAUGACAAGGAAGCGUGGAUUCUGCCCCUGUCGGAUGCGCUGAUGAAAGCGCUUCCGGCAGAGUCGCGAGCGGCCGGGGAUGCGAAGCGGAUGACGAGGGUGGUGGCAAAGGUGGUGACCUCUUGGUGCCUAUGCAGCAUGGCAUCAAGAGGCCUUCGCCAGUACCAGGGCGUCUGCCUCGGAGUCCUGCAGAAGAAGUUGGGCGGCCGGGAUACCACAACAGGGGCGGAUAAGGAGAAGAAAACCAAGAAAUCGUCCGCGAAGGGGAACGCGACGAAGGAUGCGUCGACGGAGGAGAACACCGGCACUGGCGGCCAGGGGUGA